AUGGAAUUCUUUGGGAGUGUUUACUUGUCAGUGAUCACGCUUUUUCGCUCCAUUUUGGGCGGCAUUGAUUGGGCCUGGGCAGCGGAUUCACUGGAACCUGUGGGCUGGAUUUGGGUCCAGGUCUUCCACUUGUACAUCGCCUUUUGUGGCUUUGCCGUACUCAACGUGAUGACCGGGGUGUUUGUGAACAGUGCGAUCAAGACUCGCGAGCGCGAUCACGAGACGUUGAUCCAGAACAAGAAUCGUUUCAAAGACCUCGUUUCAAAGAUCUGGAGCCCCCCGACGGGUAAGAUGGAUGUGGAUGGGCACGGGCAGAUCACCAUCACCGAGUUUGAACGGAUGUUCGAGGACGAAUCAAUGAAGGCCUUCUUCUCCGCGAUUGAGAUCAACGCUGUCGAUGCUUGGACUCUCUUCGACAGCUUGGAUGUGGAUGGCGAUCACACCAUUAGCGUGGACGAGUUCAUGGAACCUCGGCUUUUGCAGAAAAAACACCAAUACGCCGGGUUGGCAUCUUUGGACCGAAAGUGGUUCACCAUCUUCGCCUCGCGAAGCGGUUCGUUCUUUGCCUCUGACGAUCCACCUACCAGAGUGCAGCGGCGCCUGGAGGCGCAUGUGAUCGCGCACUUCCAAGCGCUGCGAGCCUUGCCCCUCCUCCAGCCCAGCGAGGUGCGGGGACACCAGGGCAUGAAAAAGGUGACUUUGAAGGAGGCUUGGGUUUGCCCCAUCGAAUGGGAGGAGAUUUGGGCCCAGGCUGCAGAUCUGCAGGCUGUGCAUGUGGAAAAUGGUCGACUGGCUCAGCAGAGCGGCACCGAGCUUUUCAGCUUACGGAGAAGGAGCUCGCGGCAGCCAGGUGCAGAUGCCGCCGAUGUCGCCCGUGCCCGACCGCUUUUCAUGUUGACGGCCGGGCUGACGGGCGGCCUGGUGACCCAGUUACGUACUCAUCCAACUCCCAGAUGCACCGGACACAAGCUGGGAUGUUCGAAGAUGGAGCGCGCGCUGGCGCGCGCGCCCCAGCUUGAGAUCCUUGACAUUAGCAAGUGGGCCUUCCCGAAGCGAAGCGACACCUCACCCGACCUCGAGGCAUGGGGUCGAGGUUGGCGAGGCUCGAACGCCGUGUCGGUCGUGGUGCGUUUUCUUUUUCUCGUUGUGGCUCUGGCCGCCUGUGCUCUGGGCAAGGCCACUCCAUCCUCCGAGUCCGGAUCCUGGAUAUUUUUGGAAGAGGAGACGAGGUCCUACAACGACAACAUGUCGAAUGGCUUCCUGACGAAGGGAUGGAUCGCGGAUCUGUGGAUGCGGGAUCAAGUACUCAACAUCCAGAUGGGGCCCGAUUCUGUGAAAGACUCCCAGCGCAUGCUCAGGUUGGGGCACCUCGAUUCCUGGCUUCACCGGCUGGAAUUCAAGCUGACUCAUUGCCAUGUCUUUGAGGGCAGCCACACCACAGGAAGCAGCGGCUUCCUGAACAGCGCGCGGCCCAAAUCCUCGUCGUUCCUCUAUGAGGUGAACGAGCGUGGCUACAGCGCCGACAUCAAGCCUUUGGUGCCCAGCUCGCCCAUGUCGCCAGCGUCGCCUCUGGAGCCCGUCGGUGGCAGCGUGUUGGCGCCGCCGGUGACGCACGUGGCCUCCAACAACUCCCGCGACCGACGCAGUGCCCCCGCGACGGGAACCACGCCGGCGCCGGAAACGACGGUGGCGCGAGGGAAGAAGCUGAACCGGGCCACCACGCAGGAGCAUCGUUACCAGUCGGCGAAGGUGAUGGGGGAUAAGGUUAAGCGCUUCAAGAAGAUGGUGUCCUUGGAUAAGGACGCCUCCUCAGCUGGCACAUGGUUUGGUCAAAUGUGUUCUCCCGUGAGCCAGUUCUGUGAUCGUAUGGCCAAUUCCCUUUUCUUCAACGUGUUCUUUGGUGGAGUGAUCAUUACCAAUGCCAUUUUCAUGGGGGUGCAAUUGGAAUGGAGUGCGAAGUCGAUGGACACCACGUUCGUCAAUGUCUUUCUGGCGGCGAACAUUGUGUAUGCCUUCCUCUUCUCCUUUGAGAUGCUGGUGCGUAUUGCAGCUGUGGGGCCCAUCUCCUACUUCUGCAGCACAGGCUGCGGUUGGAACUGGCUGGACGUCCUUGUGGUGGUGCCGGCCUGGGUGGAGAUUGCCAUUGAAAUCUCAGCCAUGAGAAGCAUAGGCGGCAGCAGCGCCUCCUCACAAUUCCGCAUCAUUCGGGUCUUCAAGGUCACCAGGCUCCUACAAGUGGUGCGCUCGAUUCGUUUGGUGCGCUUCUUAAGCGCCUUGCGCGCCUUGGUCCUGUCGGUGAUCGACACCACAAGACAGCUGCUCUGGGCCUUGAUCCUGCUCACUUUGGUUCAGUAUAGCUUCGGGAUCAUGUUCACGGAUGCCGUGCUCGACUACAUCGACUCCAACGGACCGCAUCCCGUGUUGCAGAUGUACUUCGGCACGGUGUAUCUCUCCUGCGCCACGCUUUUCAGGUCGAUCUUAGGCGGAACCGACUGGGACAUUGCAGCUGAUGCGCUGGAAGAGAUCGAUAUGCUUUGGGUGCAACUCUUCCACCUGUACAUCGCCUUCUGCGGCUUCGCGGUGCUGAAUGUGAUGACCGGCGUUUUCGUGAAUAGCGCGGUCAAGACGAGGGAGCGAGAUCAUGAGACGUUGAUUCAAAACAAGCAGAAGUUCAUGGAUUUGGUCUCCAAGAUUUGGAACAAGAUGGACACCACUGGGUUAGGGCAGAUCACCAUCAUCGAAUUCGAACGGAUGUUCGAUGAUGAAGAGAUGAAGGCCUUCUUCCAAUCCAUCGAAAUCAAUGCGGUUGAUGCCUGGACGUUGUUUGACAGUUUGGACAUCGACGGUGACCACACGAUCAGCCUCGAGGAGUUCUCCUCGCGCUGCAUGCAGCUGCACGGCCCAGCCCGCUCGGUGGAUUUGUAUGCCCUGAAGAAGGACCUGCGGACCUUGGAGGAGAAUCAGCAGCAGAUUCAUCAAGAGCUCACGGAUGUGUUGCAUCACCAUUUGGGCCGCCUCAUCAAGCCCUUGAGGAGCCAUGUGGAUCUUCGCAGGUCCUCGAGCCUUCACGAGCAGUCCGAGGGCGAUGGUUAUUUUUCCACAUGA